CCCGGGAGCCGGACCGCGGGACGCGGACCACGGAGGCCGGACGACGGACCCUCAGCCCCCUCAUACCCGCCGCCGCCUCCUCCUGCUCCUCCUGCUCCUCCUCCUCCUCCGCCUCUCUCUUUGCCGUUGGAAAAAAUAUUUCGUGACAAACAUGACCGAGUUUUGGCUGAUCUCAGCACCUGGAGAGAAAACAUGUCAGCAAACCUGGGAGAAAUUGCACGCUGCAACCACCAAAAGUAACAAUCUCUCCACGAAUGCCAAAUUCAAUAUUCCUGACUUGAAGGUUGGCACGCUGGAUGUUUUGGUUGGGCUGUCAGAUGAACUGGCUAAACUGGAUGCAUUUGUGGAAGGUGUGGUCAAGAAAGUGGCUCAGUACAUGGCUGAUGUACUAGAGGACAGUAAAGAUAAAGUUCAGGAAAACCUGUUGGCCAAUGGAGUUGACUUGGUCACGUAUAUCACAAGAUUCCAAUGGGAUAUGGCCAAAUAUCCCAUCAAGCAGUCCCUGAAAAAUAUUUCUGAAAUAAUUGGAAAGGGUGUAACACAGAUUGACAAUGACCUGAAAUCCCGAGCUUCCGCCUACAACAAUCUGAAAGGCAACCUUCAAAACUUGGAAAGAAAGAAUGCGGGAAGUUUACUAACUAGAAGUCUAGCCGAGAUUGUAAAGAAAGACGACUUUGUUCUUGAUUCGGAGUACCUCAUCACAUUGUUGGUGGUAGUUCCAAAGUUAAACCACAAUGACUGGGUUAAGCAGUAUGAAACAUUGGCGGAUAUGGUAGUCCCAAGAUCUAGCAAUGUUCUUUCAGAAGAUCAAGAUAGUUACCUUUGUAAUGUCACCUUAUUUAGGAAGGCAGUUGAUGACUUCAGACACAAAGCCAGGGAAAACAAGUUUAUUGUCCGUGACUUCCAGUAUAAUGAAGAGGAGAUGAAAGCAGAUAAAGAAGAGAUGAACAGGCUUUCUACUGACAAGAAAAAGCAGUUUGGACCAUUAGUUCGAUGGCUGAAAGUGAAUUUCAGUGAAGCUUUCAUAGCAUGGAUUCACGUGAAAGCUUUAAGAGUUUUUGUUGAGUCUGUUUUAAGGUAUGGCUUACCAGUUAAUUUCCAGGCAAUGCUUCUUCAACCCAAUAAGAAAACAAUGAAGAAACUGAGAGAAGUGUUGUAUGACUUGUACAAGCACCUGGACAGCAGCGCAGCAGCUAUUAUAGAUGCUCCUAUGGAUAUCCCAGGCUUAAACCUCAGUCAACAGGAAUAUUACCCAUAUGUGUACUACAAGAUUGAUUGCAACUUGCUGGACUUCAAAUAAAAAUGGUCCCUAACCCAGACAAUCCUACCAUACAUAGUGUUGAUGUAUACGAACAGAAAUGAGGUUGAAGUACGAUGAUACUUUUAACUCUCUCUCAUUCCUCUGCUUGCUUCUUAUUUCCUUUCCUUAGGUGACUUUUUCCCCCCAUAGUGGUCCAUCUCUUCAGGUUUUCUUUUUAAAGAAAAUUCCAUGUAUCCUUGCUUUUAAUCGAUCAGGUCUGUAAAUGUGUACUGAAAAGAGAAUCAAGUUUAUUUAUAAACAGAAGAGUUUAUUUAAAGAGAAGGUCAUUCUUCACUGAUGUGGCGACAGACAUGGAUUCUGUGCGUUACUAUUGUUCAUAAAGACCUUGUUUACAAGACGGUAGUGGAAACGUUUAUACCAUUUUGUUCACUGUAUUUAGUAGAUAGAACUGUUAAAAUGUUAUUGAAUCGUGAUGUAAAGAAAUGUAAUACUGUUCAGGUCUGUGUUUUCUGAAUGUUUCAAACUACAAUCCAUGAGCACUGUCAACACCCACAGGAGAGAAUAAAAUUACCUGUGCAAAGGGGCA